AUGAAUGCACACUACUUCGAAUGGAUUCCCCUUGAAAUACGGCUGGAGAUUGCAACUUGCCUAUCAACUGUGGACUUCCUCAACCUACGACUCUGUUCAAGGGCAAUGGCGGACAUAUUCGAAGAUGAAACAUUCUGGAAAACAAGGUUUUUCGUCCAUGGCGACAGAGGCUAUCUUGCCUUUCUAACUGAAGGUAUCCAGCGUGCAAGAGACUGGCGACUGAUUUACCGUUGUACUCACGACUCUUCUAAAUUACACCCUGAGCUCCGCAUUAGAAGACAAUAUUGGCAGCAUAACCGAUGGCUGAGAGAUGUCUAUAUGAUGACUAGGAAACAAAAUCCUCCAUUGCAGGCUCAAGUUGACAAUACAAAGUCUCUACAGUGGCAAAAGGCUGCUGGGCAGAUGAUCUGUCCUAGGGAAGUUCGGAGGUUGAUGAGUGGAGCUAAUAGCAAAUUGUGUCCAACAUGUCGUACCAAGCAUGAAGCAUUGACUCAAUCAGUCCCCUUCUCCAAAGAUGUUGUGGGACUCGCUAUCUCUGUUCUUUCAGACCCAUGCUCAGACCCAGACUCACCGCACACUUUUGUCGCCGGCUUGGAGCUUAUUUAUCCUAGUGAUAUGCCGAAUACUGUUCUUGGUUAUCGCCUUCCAAGCAAUCAAAUAAUGAUUAAUCUUCAAUAG